AUGGGGCCGCGGCCACACGCUCUCCUGCUGGGGCUGCUCCUGCUUCUGGGGCCAGGGACCACCCAGGCCCAUUCCUUCUCUGGAGAAAAUGCAUUGGAAGAGCAGCUAUGGCCAGAGUUGCAAAGCCUGAAGAAUGUUCCAUUUGUGUGCAACCCAAAGAAGCCAGGACCCAACGUGCCUUCGGAGUCAGUCCACUCUCUGAGACCUUCUGAUAUUAAAUUCGUGGCAGCCAUUGGCAAUGUGGGAACUCUCCCAGACCCGGGGAUGGCCGGUGCGGAGAAGCAGCCAUGGGUUAGGAGGAGGCCACAGCAGGCGUGCAUGGGAGUGGUGACAGUCCUUUCAGACAUCAUCAAACACUUCAAUCCCUCUGUUCUGAGGCCUGUGUGCACCCCUGGGAGGAAAGUGAUACCCCACAUUGGUGCUGAAGACUUGUGGAUUCAGGCAAAGGAACUGGUGAGGAGCAUGAAAAAGAACCAGGAACUUGACUUUCAAAAUGACUGGAAGCUAAUCAAUGUGUUCUUCAGUAACGCAAACCAGUGUCACCUGUGUCCCUCCACCCAACAGCACAGGCAUGUGACAGGCAGCAUGGCCAAGCUGACCAGGAUGCUGGACUACCUGCUGCAGGAGGUCCCCAGAGCAUUUGUGAACCUGGUGGACGUCUCUCUGCGGCACCAGGGGACCCAGCUCAGCCUCGCAGCAGAGCCCUGCAGGUGCUCGGGGGACACCUCAAAGCUGUCCCGGGUUGUGACACAGUGGUCCUAUCAGGAAAGCUGGGACAGUCUCCUGGCCUCCAGCAGGUACAACCAGCAGGAGUCCUUCUCGGUGGUGUUCCAGCCCUUCUUCUACGAGGCGGCCCUGUCACCACACUCGGGGGUAUGGCCACACCUGGACUCCACCACCCUCGCCUUGAAUCUCUGGAACAUCAUGAUGGAGCCCACGGGACAGAAAGAUGAGCCGCUCAGGGCAGAUGAGGGCUGGCCCAUGAAAUGUCCCUCUCAGGAAAAUCCAUAUCUGUUCACCUAUAAAAACAGCAACUACCUCCCAAGGUCCCAUGAGAAGCUUGAGGCGAGAGAUGGAACGGAGAUCAGGUGCCCUGCCAUGGAUCCCUCCGACAAGAUUCCCACCUCAGUUCACAGGCUGAAGCCCGCAGACAUCAAGGUGAUCGCAGCCCUGGGCGACUCCCUCACGGCAGGCAAUGGGGCCGGAGCCAAGCCUGCGGACGUCUUGGACGUCUUGACUCAGUAUCGAGGCCUGUCCUGGAGCGUGGGCGGCGAUGGGAACGUCAGCACCAUCACCACCCUGGCCAACAUCCUCCGGGAAUUCAACCCUUCCCUGAGGGGCUUUUCUGUUGGCACUGGGAAACAAGACAGCCCUGGGGCCUUCCUAAACCAGGCUGUGGCCGGAGCCCGAGCCGUGGAUUUACCUGAUCAGGCCAGGAGGCUGGUGGGCCUGAUGAAGAAUGACACGAAGAUAAAUUUCCAGGAAGAUUGGAAGGUUAUAACCCUGUUUAUAGGAGGCAAUGACCUCUGUGAUUUCUGCAAUGAUCCGGCCCACUAUUCCCCCCAGAACUUCACGGACAACAUUGGGAAGGCUCUGGACAUCCUCCAUGCCGAGGUCCCUCGGGCGUUUGUGAACCUGGUGAAGGUGCUGCAGAUCGUCAACCUGAGGGAGCUGUACUAUGAGAAGAAAGUCUACUGCCCCAGGCUGAUCCUCAGGAAUUUGUGUCCCUGUGUCCUGAAGUAUGAGGAUAACUCAACAGAGCUUGCCUCCCUCGUCGAAUUGAAUAAGAAGUAUCAGGAGCGGACACACCAGCUGGUCGAGGGUGGGCGAUACGACACGAGGGAAGAUUUCACGGUGGUCGUGCAGCCGUUCUUCGAAAAAGUGGACCUGCCCAAGACCCCGGAGGGGCUGCCGGACAGCUCUUUCUUCGCUCCGGACUGUUUCCACUUCAGCAAGAAGUCUCAUGCGCACUCAGGCAGUGCUCUCUGGAACAACAUGCUGGAACCUGUUGGCCAGAAGGCAAGAUGGCAUGAUUUUGAAAGCAAGAUCAAUAUCACAUGUCCGAACAAGGACUCGCCGUUUCUGAGCACCUACAAGAACAGCGUGCAGGGUCAUGGGAGCCAGCUGCUGUGCGGGGACACAACCCCUUCGGCCUCACCGCCCACCUCAGUGCACGCCCUGAGACCUGCAGAUAUCCGAGUUGUGGCCGCUCUGGGGGAUUCUCUGACUGCUGGCAAUGGAAUUGGCUCCAAACCAGACGACCUUCCUGAUGUCACCACCCAGUAUCGGGGGCUGUCAUAUAGUUCAGGAGGAGACGGCUCCCUGGAGACCGUGACCACCUUGCCGAAUAUCCUUCGGAAGUUCAACAGAUAUCUCACAGGCUACGCACUGGGCACAGGCGAUGCCAAUGACACCAACGCGUUCCUCAAUCAGGCUGUUCCGGGCGCAAAGGCUGAGGAACUUACAAGCCAAGUCCAGACUCUGGUGCAGCGGAUGAAAGAUGAUCACAGAGUAAAUUUCCAUGAGGACUGGAAGGUCAUCACGGUGCUGAUUGGAGGCAGUGACUUAUGUGACUACUGCACAGAUUCGACUCUCUAUUCUGCAGCCAACUUUUUUGACCGUCUCCGCAAUGCCUUGGACACCCUGCAUAGAGAGGUGCCCAGGGCCCUGGUCAACCUUGUGGACUUCAUGAGCCCCAGUGUCAUGCGGCAGGUGUUCCUGGGAAACCCAGACAAGUGCCCAGUGCAGCAGGCCAGCGUUUUGUGUAACUGCGUGCUGACCCCUCGGGAGAACUCCCCGGAGCUGGCCAAGUUGGAAGCCAUCACCAGAGCCUACCAGAGCAGCAUGCUUGAGCUGGUGGAGUCAGGCCGCUACGACACGCGGGAGGACUUCUCUGUGGUGCUGCAGCCCUUCUUCCACAACACCAGGCUCCCCGUCCUGGAGGAUGGGCGCUUGGAUAUGUCUUUCUUCGCCCCCGACUGCAUCCACCCAAGUCAGAAAUUCCACUCCCAGCUCUCCAGAGCCCUUUGGGCCAAUAUGCUCGAACCACUAGGAAGGAAAACGGAUACCCUGGACCUGACAGCAGAUAUGCCCCUCUCCUGCCCCACACAGAAUGAGCCUUUCCUGAGAACCCUGCGGAACAGUAACUACACAUACCCCACCAAGCCAGCCAUCGAGAACUGGGGUAGUGACUUCCUGUGUAUGGAGUGGACGCCGUCCAACAGUGUUCCCACCUCGGUCCAUGAGCUCCGACCAGGAGACAUCAAAGUGGUGGCCGCCCUGGGUGACUCGCUAACUACAGCAGUGGGAGCCCGCCCUGGCAACUCUAGUGACCAGCUCGUGUCCUGGCGGGGACUGUCCUGGAGCGCUGGAGGGGAUGGGGUCUUGGAGACGCACACCACGCUGCCCAACAUUCUCAAGAAGUUCAAUCCUCAAAUCCUCGGAUUCUCCACCGGCACCCAGGAGGAGACGGCAGGACUGAAUGUGGCUGUGGAAGGCGCCAGCGCUCGGGAUAUGCCAGCCCAGGCCCGGGACCUGGUGGCUCGAAUGAAAAACAGCCCUGAAAUCAAUCUGGAGAAAGACUGGAAGCUGAUCACUCUCUUCAUUGGGAGCAACGACUUGUGUCAUUACUGCGAGAAUCCGGAGGCCCACUCAGCCAGGGAAUACGUUCGGCACAUCCAACAGGCCCUGGACAUCCUCUAUGAGGAGCUUCCAAGGGCUUUUGUCAAUGUGGUGGAGGUCAUGGAGCUGAGCAGCCUACACCAGGGCCAAGGCGGGAAAUGUGACAUGCCACUGGCAGCUCAGAGCAACUGCACUUGCUUCAGACGCUUCCAGGAGAACUCCCCAGAGAUGCAAGAACUGAAGAAGGUGAACUGGAACUUUAAGAAAAGUGGUGUCUCCAGGUUCUCCUACUGGCACCAGUACCUGCAGCGUGAGGACUUCACGGUGGUCGUGCAGCCUUUCUUCCAAAACACCCUUGUCCCCCUGAACGAGCGAGGAGGAGCUGACCUCACCUUCUUCUCCGAAGACUGUUUCCACUUCUCAGAACGCGGGCAUGCCGAGAUGGCCAUUGCGCUCUGGAACAACAUGCUGGAACCAGUGGGCCGUAAGACGACCUCCAACAACUUCACCUACAGCCGAACCAAACUCAAGUGUCCCUCUCCUGAGAGCCCUUACCUCCACACCCUGAGGAAUAGUCAGCUACUCAAAAACCAGGCUGAAGAAGGCCCCAACGUGCUCCCCUGGGCCGUGCCAGUGGCGGCAGGAGGUGGCCUUGCAGUUGGCGUCGGCGUGGUGAUGGCAUGGAGAGCCAUGAGAAGCCGCCAGGAGGAAAAUCCUCCAAUAAGCCUGGACACUGUGAGAUUGUAGGCCCACCGGCUGCGUGGAUGCUCAUUCUAGAAGCCCCAGCCACACACUCCUCCCCAGCCCUCUACCUCAGCCGCCACAGAGCGCACUUGCUUCCACACCUGGUGACGUAAGAAGCCAAGAGGACCUUCCUGACUUACUGAGCCCUAGGGCCUAUGCUCCUGGAAUGGGCAAAUUUAAAUGAAGGCCAAAGCCAUUCUGUUCUUGGGUUAACCUGCUUGAAGCUCUUGCCUUCCAUCUGUCAUGUGAUGCAGGUGUGGGAGCUAGAGCCUUUCCUGUCAUCUCAGCCAGAGCUUCCCAAGUGAUGGCCAACCCCAACCAGACCGACCCCUAUCGGGCUCCAGCCAGCACUGGGGGAGCAGCUCCUCAGUCCCCAAACCCACUACUUAGAGUGUGGGAAGGACAUUGGUCACCGGAUGCUGGCUAGAGUUCAGGAGCUGCCUGGCCACCAUCCAUUACAGUCCAACACAUACGUGCCGCGCACCUGUUUUGUACCCAGGAAAACAUAGAGCCCUGUGCUACCUCCAAGGCUGUGAGGUUCCUGGCCAAGGAGACAAACUCCUUCAAGAGACAAGAAGCUCUGAGACAGUGCAAUUCAGCGCUGCAGCGUUGACGGGUAAACGCAUCCGAUUGCUCUCAAGACUAGGAGAGUUCCUUGGGGAAAGUUUCCUGAAAAAGGGCAAUUUUGAAAUGCCAUUUUAAAAAAUUAAAGGAUUAGGACAUGAAUACCUUACAUAUCCUCAACCUGGUUUUCUCAAGGGACUAAAUUUCGGAAUGAUGUCCUCUUUCUACAUUCCCAGGUUGCUGAGGGAGAGCUGAAGAGUCUGACAACACAGGCCCCUACCAGGGCAAGCCCUGAGCUGGAUGUCUUUCCAAGAUUAUUCCUUUGAUUUUGCACAAAAAGCCAGGGAGAGGAUGAUGAAAAGUUUUGAAACUAGGAAUGAUGGUUGCGCAGCAUGGUGAAUGCACUAAAUGCUACUGACUUAUUCCCUUUAAAAUGGUUAAUUGUAAAUCCUGUGAAUUUCACCUCAAUAAAAAG